UGCGCAGGCGCAGUGCGUGCAGGCAGCGGAGCAAGAGAAGCUUGGAAAUGACCAACGGAACGGCUCCGAUUUGGCGAUGAAAUUCUGCAUUAUCACGACAAAAGCCACAUUUUUAACCCAAACUUUCUUAUUUUGUGUUUUAGAUAACGUGAACCAACGAGACUCGGGAAACAUUUCUUGACCCUAGGUCGUUUGCGAGGCAUUUAAGACGCUUUCGUUUGCGACGGAAAAGGUGCACCUAUAACGGUUUUUUUUUUCACAUCAACAAGAAUGUCGCGAAACAACAAAGAUCCUCUCAUCCAGAAAAUAGCAAAACAAGCGUUUAUGACUUUUAAAGGUUUAAAGUGUUCGGCCAAUGGAGAUAGUAAAUUCUUUGCAGAAAAACAGGCCAAACUCAUCUCCUUGGUGACUGCGAUUAGGGCGACGGAUCUCAAGAUCUCACCCCAGAAAAACAAACCCACCUCGGGUACGUCGGAACCGGAUCCCCCGCCGGUCACCUACAUGCACAUCUGUGAGACGGAUGUGUUCAGCAUGGGCGUAUUCCUGCCUCAGAACGCGCCUCCCAUACCUCUUCACGACCACCCGGGCAUGAACGGGAUGCUGAAGGUCCUCUAUGGCAAGGUGAACGUCAGUUGCUUCGACAAGCUCGAAAGUGGCCAGACAACCCCUCCUCGGUUUGAAACUCCUGUGACUCCAUUUCAAAAUGCUUCUCUGCGACGAUCCUUGCUCCGCUCAGUCGCUGAGUACUCGGAGAACAGUGGACCAUGUCUCCUGACACCUCUGCGGGAUAAUCUCCACCAGAUUGACGCUGUCGACGGGCCUGCUGCUUUCCUGGAUAUCCUGGCACCGCCGUACGAUCCAGAUGAUGGGCGGGACUGUCACUAUUACAAAGUUCUAAAAACUGUGGCAGACCCAGACAUAGCUGUGAUGGAGAACCAGGAGCUUCAGGAAGAGGAGAAGGGGACAGAGAAGGAGAUGUGGCUUUUAGAAAUCCCUCAGCCAGAGGACUUUUGGUGUGGAGGAGAACCUUACCCAGGCCCUGUUGUUUCCGUGUGACCAGUGGGACUAUAGCAGUACUAGAAAUUGCUUUGUGACAUCAACUCAAUUACUUUUGGAAAUGACAUUUAUGCCCCCAGUCAACAGGGAGGGCAAAUAUUAUGUUCAUAGUUACCUGGCGUGCUUUGCUGAAAAGCUACAACCACUCAAAUUAUUUCAAUAAUCACGAUGUAGUUGCCUCAUUUCUUCUACACGGAACUUUUUUUUUUGUAAAGCUAACACUAGAUAAUGUAGAAGACACAAAAAGACAAUUGGCAAAUGCUCUAUACGUGCGUGUGCAUGCAUGCGCACGUUUGUGUGUCACCAACAAGGAUUAAUAUGAUGCAGUUCAUGAUUAGCGUUGAUAGAAUCAUCAGCUCGUCAUCACUGCCCUCAAACAUUAAACAUGAAACUCUCAAGACUGCUCUCUGAAUAGCAGCAAGAAAUUUCUUGUUGACAGCUUAUUCUAGUGUUUUUUUCUUCUUUUGCAAGUUGCACAUGUUAUCACAAUGCUUGAUACACUUAUUGAAUGUAUGUUGAAAAAAUAAAAUUCACAGACUAUAUUCAAA